AUGCAGUGGAGUCUUUAUCUGCUUAUUCUGAUGGGUCAGUGUUACUUCUUUACAUGCCGCCUGUAUGAGUACCACUUUAUUGAAGAAAACAAGAGCUGGUCUGAAGCACAGAGAUACUGCAGAGAGAAAUAUACAGACCUGGCCAAAGUGUUUGACAUGACAGACAUGAGCAGACUCCGUAACUCCACACAGAAUCAAGGAGAAGCCUGGAUUGGACUGAACAACACAGGUGGAAACAGGAUGUGGCAUUGGUCUCUGCCAGGAGUGGAAUACAUUCGAAAUGAAAGCAGCUGGAAUCUGAAUGGAAGAUAUGGUAAUGAGCCACCUGGAAACUGUGGGAGGAAAAGAGACAAGCUGGCAGAUGUUUCAUGUCACCAUAUUAUGUGGUUCAUGUGCUACGAUGGUGAGGAGAUGUGA